AUAUAUAUAUGGCACAAGAUGCACAGUUCAAUUUGUGUUAGUUUAUAUUCGAAUGUCUUCACUAUUAUUCUAUAAUGUGAAAAAAUACUAAUAGUAUAGAAUAAGGAUGUGUGUCCACACUUUUAAAUGGUACCAAAUAAAAAAUUUUUUGCAGUUGUUUAUGCGUGCAUGUGUGUGAGUGGCUCAUGCCUUGAGAUAGAGUCAUGAACGUAUAAUGUAUCAGUGUUUUCCUGGGCUACAGUCCAGCAAGUGUAUGCGGCUGGGUGAGUGAGAGAGAGAGAGAGAGAGAGAGAGAGGGUACACAGUGUGUUGGGGGGCUUUGGCUGUGCAACUAAGUAUAAAUAUUUCACCCCCUUCUCCAGUUCCCUUUUGUUCAUCAUCAUAGUGGCUCGAGGGCCAACCCUUUUAAUCCACAGCUGAACGAAUGAAAGCGAGAGAGGAAAGGAAGAGCACGUGAAGGAGAGACAGAUAUUAACGGAGACAGAUUAGCCCCAUUAAGUUUUGCAGAAUGUGAAAGGAAUGAGAGUAUGUUCUUUUAAAAAUAUUAUUAUGUGAUGUAAAGAGGAGACAAAAUCUGAAAAAGAAGAGGAUGAAAAAUUAAUGUGAGUAUAAAAAAAAUUUCUGCAAUAGUAAAAGUGUGAAUUUGUGUGUUGUGAGGCUAAUGUUGUCUUUUGUUUGAAAUGAGUCACAGCGUGUGUUUCCUGAUCUUGAGAAAAAGGAUGUCACGAUUCAGGGAAGGCCUUAAAGAGGAUGAAUCUGGAAAGAAGAACCCUAAGAUGUCUCAAAAACACAAGAAAAAGGAGGCUGAAAAUAAGGACAAUGCAGUGAUAUCAAAGGAUAGGCUCCCUCUGAUUGGUUCAUCAAGAAAUAAAUCUGCAGCGUGGCCCUCUCUAUCCACUCCUCAGGCCGAAACGAGGAAACGCGGCCAUCCUCCCAUCUCAUCUGCAGCUCCUGACAGCAUGACACCCUGGGACGGCUCCUCCCACUCUGAGUCGUCCUUUACCAGUUUUCCCCCUCCAGUUUCACCCCUGCCUCUUGCCCACUCGAAGCCAAUCACAGCACCAUAUCCUCCGCCCCAACCACCCCCUCCUCAAAUCACAAACACUGAACCUGGGAAUAGUCAGAGUGCCAGGGUAAAGCGCAAGCCGCUCCCACCAAGACACCCCUCUAGACCUCCCCGUUUGCCCCCUCUGAGGCAAGUCACAAAUCUUAGCUUUUCUCGUAGCUUCACGUUUUCGUUUUUUGAGCUGCCGGUUCACCAGUCUGCACGGAGCAGAGCGGAGCGCCUCAGAGAUCUCACUGUGUUGCUGAGGCAGUUUCAAUACUGAGGAAAAACAUGGUACUGAGAGAGCGCAUCUAGGGCAGAAAUGCAUCAUGUGGAAAAAAAAAAUUCACAUUUAUGCUUAAUUUUAUUUUUAUUAUAGAUAGAUGGAUUAUGUAAAAUGUAAAAACAUAAAUAUAACAAAUUUUACAUUAUCAAAACUUUCUAUAUGUACUGACCAAUGAAGUAAUGGAAAUUCCCCAACUUGUGUUUGUUGUUUUUGUUACUUUUUUAAGGCUGUUAAAUGUAUAUUUAGAGUGUGUGUGGGUGUGAUGCUGUACAACCUUUUUUGCCUUCUGAUUUUAAGCACUGUCGACACUUAUAUAAACCAGUGGAACACAGAGUUGCAGAUAAUAACCGUGGUGUUUAUUAUGUAGGAUGGAGACAGCAUUUGUGAUGAAUUAUAUAUGAUGUAACAUUAUAAAUCUGACCUUUAAACAACAGAAAGCAAUGAAAAUAUUUAAGGAGAGAAAUUCAACUGAGAAACGUUCCGCAGGUGGCCUGUGGUUUUGUUGAGCUAUUUACCUCAUGUGCACAGGGAUAAUAAAGUGGUUUCCUCUGGACUCACAAGAAAGUUUUUGGUGAAAUCUCUACACAAGAUGGACAAUCAAAGAUGUUCAGAGAGUGAGAAUUUCAAUCCCAAUCCCAUUUAUGGUUUGAAUGAAGCACAGCUAGAUAUCCUGGGACAGCGCAGGUGGAAGGCACAUCGGACAAUUUGGGCAAAGCUGAAGGAGGAGCGCUGGUGUUCAGGUCCAAGGCUGAAGAGCAGCUUCCUGUCUAUUGCACCUCUCUUGUCAUGGCUGCCACGGUACUCACUCAGGAAAAAUGCUAUUGGAGAUUUGAUCUCAGGAAUCAGUGUGGGAAUCAUGCAUCUUCCACAAGGGAUGGCUAAUGCUUUGUUGGUUGCAGUUCCUCCAGUGUUUGGUCUGUAUUCGUCCUUCUACCCUGUUCUCAUCUACUUCAUGUUUGGAACAUCCAGACACAUCUCUGUGGGUACUUUUUCUGUCCUUUCCAUCAUGGUUGGUACGGUGGCUUGUGAUGUUGCUGGCAGCAGCGGAGCAGAGAGUGAUGAGAUUGAGGCUGAAAGUGCUAGAGUUGCCUUUGCAGCUCAGUUGACCUUUCUGUGUGGACUGAUACAGAUUGUGCUGUAUGUGCUGCGUUGUGGAGGGGUGUGUCGGUGGUUGUCUCAGCCGUUGGUCAGUGGAUACACUAUGGCAGCUGCUGUCCAUGUGACUGUUCAUCAGCUGCCUUUACUGAUGGGCAUCUCCAUAGUCAGACACAGAGGCGUCUUUGCUGUCUUCAGGAUGUUUUCAAACAUUGUGAGUGGAAUCAGGAGAGUGUUACUGGCAACACUGGUAGUGUCCCUUGUCUCCCUGGUGAUACUUGUUGGUGGAAAGAUGGUGAAUUCACGUUGGAGCUCUCGGUUUCCCAUCCCAUGGGAGUUGGUACUGAUUAUCUUUGCCACUGUGUCGUCAGUGCUGUUUGAUCUGUCCGGUCAGUAUGGAAUACAGAUUGUUGGACCCAUACCAACCGGGUCAGCACAGUGUUGGAUUUUCUUUACAAAGCUAAUUAGCAGGAAGUAUUUAGGUGCUAAACUAAUUCUUUCUUUGUUUACCUCUAAGCUCUCACCUCCCUCCCUUCCAUGGUUUUCUGUCUCUCAGGAGCUGUUAUUGACAGCUCUUGCGUUGGCAGUGGUGGGCUAUGGUUUCCAAGCUUCAUUGGGCAUGAUGUUUGCUCAUAAACAUGGGUACCCCUUUCACAGCAACCAGGAGCUGUUGGCUAUGGGUCUGUGUAACUCCAUAGGCGGGAUGUUCCAGUGCUUUCCAGUAAGCGGAUCCAUGUCUCGCAGCACAGUACAGGAGAGUACAGGCGGACAAACUCAGGUUUCUUCUCUGGUGUCUGCGCUGAUAAUUCUUUUGAUCUUGUUGAAGUUUGGCCCCCUUUUUCAGCAGUUACCAAAGACAGUUUUGGCUGUCAUUAUUAUAGUGAAUCUGCAAGGGGUUUUUGCACAAGUCAAAGAUGUCCCUAAACUUUGGAAUACAGACCGCUUGGACCUGGUAGUGUGGGUAGUGACACUAUUCAGUGCCUUGGUGUUUAAUCUGGACCUGGGGCUUGGCAUUGCAAUUGUUUUCUCUCUGUUUACCAUCAUCUUCAGAACACAGCAGCCCAGAUCUGCUGUUCUUGGGCAUAUUGCUGGCACAGACUGUUACAGGGAUCUGGAGAAAUACUCAAAGGCACACCAGAUCCAUGGAGUGACUGUGUUUUCCUGUUGUAAUCCACUUUACUAUGCCAAUGCAGACCAGACCUUCACAUUACUCAAACAGACAAUAAGCAAUGACAUUAAUGAGAAUCCUGAAGUAAGACCUCCAGACCAGCAGGGGGCUCAGAGUGCACAGCACUGCGUUAUUCUGGAGCUAGGUGGCGUCACCUUCAUGGACUCAGUGGCCAUAGGCUCAUUCAAAUCAGUGCUUCAGGAUUUUAAGAACACGCAGACCUUGUUUUUCUGUGCAUCAUGUCCAGAUGGUCUGCUAUCUCAGAUGAAGAAUCAUGGUUUUGUUCCAGAUUUUCUGUCUCUUUCUUCAUUUUUUCCUUCAGUUCAUCAUGCAAUCCUUUACUACCAGGGCCUACAGAACACAGGCACAGAAGUUACUGAGCUGUGACCUUUAAUGACCUCCCUUUCUGAACGAUGAACUCAGCAAAUACAUGAACUUGCAAAACUCAAAGAAUCCGGAGCAAAAAAAAUCUCAAAGAAUUUGGAGCAACUGUGUGCAUUUAUUUGGAUUUAAGGUGAUGUGCGGCAACAGAUGCUUGUCGGCUAUUGAAUGUUAAAUUAAAAACUGACACCGUGGUCAGAAUUUUCUUAUGCCAAUGACUUGUGUCAGCUUUUACCUCUGUAUUUUGCUUUUUUAUUUACUUGGUUGUUGAUUUGUUCUGCUUUGCAUUAUUCUACUUUUAGAUUAGAUGGAUGCUCAAAUAUAAAGUAUCUUCAAAAAUUUGUAAUGCAGGCCUGUGCAUAUGAAAUCUCCUAGAUUCUUAACAUAUAUUUCAUUUUACAGACCAAUUUGGUUUGGUGAUAUUGAAAUAAAAUAUGUAGUAAAAUAAAUAAGACUGUAAAAUAAAAUAUGUACAAAUAACAACAUAGAAACAUGUUUGGAAAAUAAUUAUUAGCACUCUGGUCAACAAAAGACAACAGAAUUUAACAGAAUCACAAUAAAAUCUGCACCAACUCAGUACAAUUCUGUAAGUAUACAUGAAGUGCACACGUGCAUUGCUGAAAUGUUCUUGUACCCCCAGUGAAUUGAACCAUAAAUGUUAUUAGUAGAGACUUUGUUCUCUGGGCAGGUGUUGGGGAGAGGCCACAUUAAUAUUUAAUAAGCUUGUUUCUCUUACACGUUUACUGAAGACAUACUAUAAGCCUCUAUUUUAUAUUUAAAGCUGAUCAUAUCAGAAACAGAAGCAUUUUUAGUAUUUUCGGGUAAAUAAAACGGUACUCCAAUUGAGGACAUCCCAAAUUUCACCAAAGGAAUGUUUUGUCAGUAUUACCUACUAUGCUAA